UGGGUCUUAUGAUCUAGGAGGGCCUCUUUCAUCCCACCCGGGGAUGCCAGGUAUCCCACCCUCACUGCGGGCCAGAUACCUAGCGCAACUGAACGGCAGCACUGCGCAGGCGCGGCCUCAGUCUGGUGUCCUAGGAGAUGGACUCAAAAAAGCCUUGGCGCAGGCGCAAUUCAAGAGGCCGAAGAAGCCUGAGACCAGGGGUUGGGCGGGGCGGGCUCCGAGUGCGCCUGCGCGGUGCGCGCUCUCGUCCUAGGAUCUGCAGUCUCGGAACGCCAGGGAGGUGUUUCGGUAGUCUCUCGCCAGCCUCUCCCGCGAACCGGGUAUCGUUGGGCUGCACCCCGGGCGGGACGUCCGCCGGUCACGGGAGGGGCCACGAUGCCGAUCAAUAAAUCAGAGAAGCCCGAGAGCUGUGAUAAUGUGAAGGUUGUCGUUAGGUGCCGGCCCCUCAAUGAGAGAGAGAAGUCGAUGUGCUACAGACAGGCUGUCAGUGUGGAUGAGAUGAGGGGAACUAUCACCGUUCAUAAGACCGACUCUUCCAAUGAACCUCCAAAGACGUUUACUUUUGAUACUGUUUUUGGACCAGAGAGUAAACAACUUGACGUGUAUAACUUAACCGCAAGGCCUAUUAUUGAUUCUGUUCUUGAAGGCUACAAUGGGACUAUUUUUGCAUACGGACAAACUGGAACAGGCAAAACUUUUACCAUGGAAGGCGUUCGAGCUGUUCCUGAACUUAGAGGAAUCAUUCCCAAUUCAUUCGCUCAUAUAUUUGGUCAUAUUGCAAAAGCAGAGGGUGAUACAAGAUUUUUGGUUCGAGUGUCUUACUUGGAAAUAUAUAAUGAAGAAGUUCGUGAUCUUUUGGGAAAGGACCAGACACAGAGAUUAGAGGUUAAAGAAAGACCAGAUGUGGGAGUUUACAUCAAAGAUUUAUCAGCUUAUGUGGUAAAUAAUGCGGAUGAUAUGGACAGAAUUAUGACACUAGGUCACAAAAACCGUUCUGUUGGCGCAACUAACAUGAAUGAACACAGUUCCCGUUCCCACGCCAUCUUCACAAUCACUAUAGAAUGCAGUGAGAAAGGCGUUGAUGGUAACAUGCAUGUCAGGAUGGGGAAGCUCCAUCUUGUAGAUCUUGCAGGUUCAGAAAGACAAGCAAAAACUGGAGCUACAGGACAACGCCUAAAGGAAGCUACGAAAAUCAAUCUUUCACUUUCCACCCUUGGUAAUGUAAUUUCUGCCUUGGUUGAUGGAAAAAGCACUCAUGUGCCUUAUCGUAACUCUAAAUUGACUCGUCUUCUUCAGGAUUCCCUAGGAGGAAAUUCAAAAACUAUGAUGUGUGCAAAUAUUGGACCAGCAGAUUACAAUUAUGAUGAAACUAUCAGUACAUUACGGUAUGCCAAUCGUGCUAAGAAUAUUAAAAAUAAAGCUAGAAUCAAUGAAGAUCCAAAGGAUGCUUUGCUUCGUCAGUUUCAGAAAGAAAUAGAAGAACUGAAAAAAAAACUUGAAGAAGGGGAAGAAAUAUCAGGCUCAGAUAUCAGUGGCUCAGAAGAGGAUGAAGAUGAAGAGGGUGAAGUUGGAGAAGAUGGAGAGAAAAGGAAAAAAAGAAGGGGCAGUAGCAGCAGCAGUAGUUCAGACUCCACAUGUUCUGUCAUAGAGAAACCUCUGGAUAAGUUCUUGCAUAAUCAAGCAGGUAAAAAGAAAGUUUCCCCAGAUAAGAUGGUUGAAAUGCAAGCAAAAAUUGAUGAGGAGAGAAAAGCACUUGAAACAAAGCUCGAUAUGGAAGAAGAAGAAAGGAACAAGGCUCGAGCUGAGCUAGAGAAACGGGAAAAAGAUCUUCUUAAAGCCCAACAGGAACAUCAGUCUUUGCUGGAGAAAUUAUCUGCCCUGGAGAAGAAGGUCAUUGUUGGUGGUGUUGAUUUGCUGGCCAAAGCCGAGGAACAAGAAAAACUUCUGGAAGAAUCCAAUAUGGAGCUGGAAGAAAGGAGGAAAAGAGCAGAGCAACUUCGCAGAGAACUUGAAGAAAAAGAGAUACCAGUUUACAAGAGGAAGCACAGGGAAAGACCAAGAAAUUAAAGAAAGUUUGGACUAUGCUGAUGGCUGCGAAGUCAGAGAUGGCCGAUCUCCAACAAGAACAUCAGAGGGAAAUUGAAGGCCUCUUGGAGAAUAUUCGGCAACUUAGCCGGGAGCUUCGACUUCAGAUGCUCAUUAUCGAUAACUUUAUUCCUCAGGAUUAUCAGGAAAUGAUUGAAAACUAUGUCCAUUGGAAUGAAGACAUAGGAGAAUGGCAGCUAAAAUGUGUUGCCUACACAGGAAAUAACAUGAGGAAGCAAACUCCAGUACCUGAUAAAAAGGAGAAAGAUCCCUUUGAAGUGGACCUUUCCCAUGUGUAUCUGGCUUACACUGAGGAGAGUCUGCGUCAGUCUUUGAUGAAAUUAGAAAGGCCACGGACUUCAAAGGGAAAAGCAAGACCAAAGACCGGGAGAAGAAAGCGUUCUACAAAGCCUGAAACUGUAAUUGACUCCUUAUUACAGUAAAUGUUACAGACACAGUAAAAAUUAGUGAUAUUCUCAUGGCUGGACGAAAUCUUUAAUUACAACACUGAAGACGUCUGUGUAAUUUCAAAUAAUGGAAGCUCUUAAUUAUGGAGUGAGACUGGAAACAAUAAUUUGCCUAAUAACUUUAGUCUAUAUAUAUUAAGUUAAUGUAGCAUAUUAAUUGGUACAACUGGUGAUCGUUCCAGCCGCCCUACCACUCCGCUUGUGCUGUGCAGCGGGGGAGCAGUUCGCACGGUAGAGUUGCAGUUUAGAUGUGUGUGAGUCUGUUAGUUAUUUACCCAGCCACUGCUUAUUGAGAUAGCCAGGUUUCCAAAAUAGAAAAAAAGUAUGGUCUGUUUUGCACAUAGAAAAUAGCAGAUCUCAUUGUUCUGUGUUGUGUUGUUAUAGCUGAUUGUUUGGGCUGCACAUCUAAGAAAUGGCUGUGUCCUAACACUAACCUCCCAGCUGGUUUAAACACACUCUGAUUUUCACACUAACAUUCAUUGCGUUUUAAUAUGAGAUGACUGAGCUUACUGGUCUUCUAUAGACAAUUUUAUAAUUCACUAGUCAGUCUUUGCAAGUAUACAUGUUUAAAAAAAAGUUAAAAAUGUAUUUUAUCAUGACUUCUCCUGACCUUGUUUGCCAUCUUGAGUUUUAUCAAAUACACUUUUUUCUGUUCCGAUGUUAUGUUCUUUCAAAACAUUGUCCUAUACCUAAAUGUAAAGGAGCCAAAAUUGCAGAAACUUAAGCAAAGUGUUGACCACUUA